UUCUUUGUUAGGAGACAGUUAAAGGGGAAAAGGGUGAAGUGUAUGGCUGUUGUUUCAGCCCUUAGGGGCUGGGGUUAAAGUGUUUGCAAACCAGCCAGGGUAGUUUGGGCAGCUUUCUUCCUCCUGGUCAGAUACUUCCACUUUCAGUUGUGAAAGAAAAACCAGGAAGUGAAGUCCCCGAGCACGUUAGGAAGCCCGGCCACGGCCUGACUCCGGACAGGGCGGACGGGGUGCUCUGAGCUGUGGCCAUCUGCCCGCAUGAAUGUUCUGAAGCCAUCCUGUCCCUGGAGAAAACAGGGGUGAGGAGGAAGAACAGGGACUCGUGUGCCAGGAAGAACUCGGAGCCAGGAAGCCCCAUUUGCUGGAAACACCAAGAGAUGUGGCCCCCCUCACAGGGCCUGAAUUUCCUGCUGCUAUUCACAAAGAUGCUUUUUAUCUUUAACUUCUUGUUUUCCCCACUUCCAACUCCGGCACUGAUCUGCAUCCUGACCAUUGGAGCUGCCAUCUUCCUAUGGCUGAUGAACAGACCUCAGCCAGUCUUGCCUGAUAUUGAUCUGAACAACCAGUCAGUGGAAAUUGAGGGAGGAGCACGGAGGAGCGCAAAACAGAAAGACGACGAACUGCUCUCUUACUACUUCUCAGAUGUCAAGACAAUAUACGAAGCUUUCCAAAGAGGACUGGUUGUAUCUGGCAAUGGGCCUUGCUUGGGAUAUAGAAAACCAAAUCAGGACUACAGAUGGCUGUCCUACAAACAGGUGUCUCAUCGAGCAGAGUACCUGGGCUCCUGUCUCUUGCAUAAAGGAUAUAAGCCAUCACCAGACCAAUUUGUUGGCAUCUUUGCUCAGAAUAGGCCAGAGUGGAUCAUCUCGGAGUUAGCUUGUUACACGUACUCCAUGGUGCCUGUCCCCCUGUAUGAUACCUUGGGAGUAGAAGCUGUCGUGUACACUAUCAACAAGGCUGAUAUUGCCAUGGUGAUCUGUGAUACACUCCAAAAGGCAUUGGUCCUGAUAGGAAAUGUGGAGAAGGGCCUCAUCUCAGGCCUAAAAAUAAUCAUCCUCAUGAAUUCCUUUGAAGAUGACCUGAAGCAAAGAGGGGAGAAAAGUGGAAUAGAGAUCUUAUCCUUCUCUGAAGCUGAGAAUAUAGGCAGAGAGAACUUCAGAAAACCCGUGCCACCUACACCAGAAGAUCUGAGCAUCAUCUGCUUCACCAGUGGAACCACAGGUGAGCCCAAAGGGGCCAUGCUAACCCAUCAAAAUGUCAUUUCAAAUGCUGCUGCUUUUCUCAAACUUUUGGAGGACAGCUUCCAGCCCACUCCCAAGGAUGUGACCAUAUCCUACCUCCCCUUGGCUCAUAUGUUUGAGAGGGUUGUACAGGUUAUUAUGUACUCUUGUGGAGCCAGAGUUGGGUUCUUCCAGGGAGAUAUUCGGUUGCUGCCCGAUGACAUGAAGACUCUGAAGCCCACGGUGUUUCCCAUAGUGCCUCGACUCCUUAACAGGAUCUACAAUAAGGUUCAAAAUGAAGCAAAGACACCCUUGAAGAAGUUCUUGUUGAACUUGGCUGUUGCCAGUAAAAUCAAUGAAAUGAAAAAGGGUAUCAUCAGACGCAACAGUUUCUGGGACAAGCUCAUCUUUGCAAAGAUCCAGGACAGCCUGGGUGGGAAGGUCUCCUUAAUGAUCACUGGAGCUGCCCCCAUCGCCUCUCCUAUCUUGACAUUCUUCCGGGCAGCAAUGGGAUGUAUGGUGCUUGAAGCUUAUGGACAAACGGAAUGCACUGCGGGCUGUACAUCUACGUUACCUGGAGACUGGACGUCAGGCCAUGUUGGAGUCCCUGUACCUUGCAAUCACGUGAAGCUGGAAGAUGUGGCUGACAUGAACUACUUUUCGGCAAACAACGAAGGAGAGAUCUGCGUCAAGGGAAGCAGUGUGUUCAAAGGAUACCUGAAGGACCCUGAGAAGACAAAUGAAGCCCUGGACAAGGACAACUGGCUUCACACAGGAGACAUUGGUCGCUGGCUCCCGAAUGGAACUCUGAAGAUCAUUGAUCGAAAAAAGCACAUUUUCAAGCUGGCCCAAGGAGAAUACAUUGCUCCAGAGAAGAUAGAAAAUAUCUACAUCAGGAGUAAACCUGUGCUGCAAAUUUUUGUACACGGGGAAAGCUUAUGGUCAUUCUUAAUAGCAGUGGUGGUUCCUGACCCAGACGUACUUCCCUCAUUUGCAGCCAAAAUUGGGGUUAAGGGCUCUUUUGAAGAACUGUGCCAAAACCAAGUUGUAAAGGAAGCCGUUUUAGAAGACUUGCAGAAAAUUGGGCAAGAAAAUGGCCUUAAAACCUUUGAACAGGUCAAAGACAUUUAUCUUCAUCCGGAGCCAUUUUCCACUGAAAAUGGGCUCUUGACACCAACACUGAAAUCAAGGCGGGAACAGCUUGCCAAGCACUUUCAGACACAGAUCAACAGCCUGUAUAAGGACAUCUAGGAGUAGGCUAAGUUUGCUACUGAGCUGGAAGCUGUGGGAGC